UUAUGGAAAAAGUGCAUGUGUGUACAAAACACGAGUUUACUUUACCGAUCGAGAGGUUAAAAGUUCUCAAUGCUAGUUUUAAGAAAUAUUUCUUUGCGUUCCUUUCCAACCUUAAAUAAAUUUAUUUCUAAUAAUUUGUUUCUGUCAAAUUGUUCUCAAACAAUGAGCCAACAAGCAGAAAUCCAAGUUGAAGAGCCUAUAAAAAAGCCAAAAUAUGAUGGUAGAACAAAAAAACGUAAAUGGGAAGAACGACGAUCUGAAAACACUCAAGAUUCUGAUGUGAAACGUGAAAAACCUACAGAAGCUGUGGAAAGAAUCAGAAGAAGAAAGUUUGCUCUUUUAAUGGGAUAUUCUGGGUCUAAUUACUAUGGCAUGCAAAGAAAUCCACAAACAGCUACAAUAGAAGAAGAAUUAUUCACAGCUUUGUUAAAAUCUGAACACAUCAAUGAAGAAAACUUCAAUCAGGUCCAAACAAUGCAGUUUCAAAGGGCUGCAAGAACUGACAAAGGUGUUUCAGCUGUCAGGCAAGUUUGUUCAAUGAAAUUACGUGAAACUUUAGAUAUAGCUAAAAUUAAUGAACAUCUACCUGAGACAAUACGAAUCUUUGGUGCUCGGCGUGUAACUAAAGGCUUCAACAGUAAAUCACAAUGUGAUGCAAGGACCUACAUGUAUAUGCUACCAACUGCAGCGUUUGCCGAUCAUGACGAGACUGUUUCGCAGGAAACUUAUCGUUUAAAUGACGAAAAACUAGCCAAAAUAAACGAAAUCCUAGCGUUGUUUGUCGGAACUAAAAACUACCAUAACUACACGUGUAGAAAACGUUUCAAUGACCCAAGCGCCGCGAGAUUUAUCAUGUCUUUUGAAUGUGAUAAACCUUUUAUUACACAGGGAAUAGAAUUUGCUGUUAUGAGAGUAAAAGGCCAGAGUUUCAUGAUGCAUCACAUCAGAAAAAUGGUCGGGAUAACACUAUCGUUAGUACGUGGUCACACUGACAUGGAAACUUUUAAGAAAUCCUUCACAAAUGAGAAGGUGAAUCUGCCAAAAGCGCCAGGUUUGGGUUUGGUGUUGGAUUUUGUGCAUUAUACACGAUAUGAUCAGCGAUAUGGUGCUGAUCAUGAUAAACUAUUGUGGGAGGAGGAGAAUGCUGAGGUUGAGGCGUUCAGAGAGAAAUAUAUUUAUCCAACUAUUGUUGAUACAGAAGUAAAAGAGCUGUCAAUGCUCACUUGGGUAAAAGUGUUGGAUAUUCACGGGUAUGAUUUGGACGAGGAGGAAAAUAACGACGAGAAGGAUGGGAAUAUUUCUGAUUGAUUUGUAUUUAUUAGGUGCGACGAGCAAUAAACUUUGAUACAAACUUU